GGUUGUGUUUUUGUUCUCGCUGCUUGUAGAAAAAUAUAAUUAAAUUUUGGUUUUAAAAGCUCGAGAUUUGGGUUGAGUAGAAAUAUGUAACGAUGAUGUUGAUGUAAAGUCUGUUUAGUAUAAAAAUUAUCAUAAAUUUUGAGAUAACGUGCAAAAGUGACAAUGGCUGACUUGAUAAGGAUGAUGCCUGGAGGAAUGGGAGCUAUUCCUAAGGAUAAACUAGGUUCUCCUUCGACUGGAUCAGACGAUGGAGGUGGUAUUGAUUUGGCAGAUUUGGCUGUCGAGUUGGAACCAGAUGAACUUGAUGGCCCUAGUGUUAAUGGUGACAGACCAGCUGUUAUCGCUCCACCUGAAUCCGAAUGGUACCAUGGUCGUCUGGACAGGUUUACGGCUGAGGAGAGAUUGUGGGCAGCGUCUAAGCUUGGAAGUUACUUAGUAAGAGAAAGUGAUAGAAAACCAGGAUCUUAUGUACUUAGUUACUCGGGACGAACUGGAAUGAAUCAUUUCAGAAUUACUGCCGUGUGUGGCGAUUACUACAUAGGCGGCCGUCAAUUUUUAUCCUUAAGCGACUUAGUCGGAUACUACACACAGUGCUCCGAUUUAUUAAAACGCGAAAGACUGAUCACACCAGUUGCGCCCCCCGAGCCUGUCAACGAUAAAAAGAAAGUCGUGGCUAUUUUACCAUACACAAAAAUGCCAGACACGGAUGAGCUGACAUUCCAAAAGGGGGACAUAUUCUUUUGUCAUAAUGAUAUGGGAGACGGAUGGCUUUGGGUAACAGCUCACAGAACUGGCGAACAGGGGAUGAUAUUUAGGGAACUGGUUGAGGACUUGGAUCCUGGUAUUGAUCCUAACACUGUGUUCUCAUGGUUUCAUAGAUCGUGCACGAAAAGUGAAGCUGUUGAUAUGCUUGUUAAAGCUGGUCCAGGUUCGUUCCUAGUAAGGCCCAGUGAUAAUUCCCCAGGCGACUACUCCUUAUUCUUCCACAUCAACAAUCAAAUCCAAAGGUUCAGAAUUGAAAAAAGGGGUGUACGAUAUUUAAUGGGAGGUCGAACUUUUGAAUGUCUGGAUGCUGUUAUUAAUAGAUACCGAAAGGAACAGAUUGUUGAAGGACAUACUCUUAUGCAACCGUUGGUGGCAGAAGGUUCCCAGCCCGAGUUCACUCCACCAGCAAUUUGUGCGGCUGCUGAAAAAAUUUAUGCCACGUUGAGAGAAUGCAGGGAUCAGAUUGGUCUUAAGAAAACUAAAGGGAUUAAACAUCAAGGAUAUUUGUUUAAAAAAUCGGACAAAACUGCCAAAAAAUGGAAGCAGCUCUAUUUUGUGCUUCAAGUAGAAGGCAGUGAUACACAUUUAUUGUUUUAUGACAGUCCGAAGAGAACUAAGCCCAAAGGUUUAAUUGACCUUAGUUGUGCUUAUUUAUACCAGGUUCAUGAGUCUUUAUGGGAGAGACCAUUCUGUUUCCAAAUGGUCGAAAGAGCUCUACCAUGUUUAGCAACUAUUACACAUUUGUGCUGUUCGACUCAACAACAAUACACUGAUUGGCUCACAGCCCUUAAACCUCUCUGUGUACCUCAGAUAUCGAAGGCUCAGGCUAAAGUUCCAAGAUUAAGAGAAUUAAGAUGUCUUUCCCUCCACAUCCUGGAUGCUCAUCGUCUGCCCUUACGUUUGGUGCCACAACCAUACUGCGUUUUGUCGAUAAAUCAAGUUCGAGUCGCCAGAACCAGAGUCAAGUCUGGACCAGAUCCUGUUUGGGACGAAGAAUUUAUACUCGAGGAUGUACCAUCAGACGUGGUAUCGUUCACCAUAACAGUUUUAAAUCGAGGAAAACGUGGAAAAGACUCAGAAGUUGCAGAAUUAGUAGUCGAUUUAUCAACUUUGGGAAACGGCCAGGAGAGAGAAGAUUGGCAUCAACUGUCUGGUAUUACACCGAUAGGCGAUUGGGGCAGUUUGAGGUUGAGAACAAGGUAUUUACAUGAUCUGAUAAUGCCUGCAGAAGAGUACAGUCCUUUGCAGCAGAUGCUGUUGGAAAGUGGCCUGACGGCUGUUAAGGCUUUGGCUGAUUUGUGCCAUAAUGAUAGAGUGCCAUUGGCUACAGCUUUAUUAGGCGUGUUCCGGCAUGAAAAACGGGAAACGGAACUGAUGCGGGAACUUUUAAAUGCGGAAGUCGCCCGAGAGAACGACACCGCCACUUUGUUCCGGGCGGCGACUCUCCCAACUACCUUAAUGGACUUGUACAUGCGCACCGAGUGCGGAGGAUUUCUACACGCAGCAUUGUCCGAGACUAUAACGAGAUUGCUGGAGACUAAACAGUCUGCUGAAUUGAAUCCAACGAAGAUGGAUUCUCCUGAAGAUGCUUGCAGCAAUGCCGAGUUUCUGCUUAACGUUCUAGAUCAGAUUACCUUGAGCAUAUUCACUUCUCCGGAUUCAUGUCCUCGAACAGUUCGUUACAUUUGUGGCUGUUUGCAGAGGGCUGUGAAUGCAAAGUGGCCCCACGAAAGAUUAGUCAGAACUCGAGUUGUUUCAGGUUUUAUUUUUCUGAGACUCCUCUGUCCUGCAUUAUUAAAUCCUCGUCAAUUUGGCCUGGUCAGCGAAACUCCACCGCAUCAUUCCACCAGAUCCCUCAUUAUGGUCGCCAAAUGUUUGCAGAAUUUGGCAAAUCUUGUCGAAUUUGGCGGAAAGGAACCUUACAUGGAAGUAGUAAAUCCGUUCAUUUUGAAAAACAAAGAACGAAUGGUCGUGUUCCUCGAUCAGCUCUCAGCUAUUGGUGAUCCGAAUCAUCCAGGAACAUCAGGACAGGAUAUGCACUCACAAAAUCAUGGUGAAACAGGCAAAGAAUUAGCAACACUCCACCACAUUUGCGUUUCACAUCUGUCCGAUCUCCAAGCUUUGGCCAGGACCCAACCAAACAUCAAACGACUGGUCACAGUCACCGAUAUGCUCACCAAACACAAACACAAGUACUUGCAAAUGAUUGCCAGCACGUAAUAGAAGACUUAAUCCACUCAACAACUGUAGUAGUGAUGAAUCGACAACCGGUUCAACUUGUAGUUAUAAUACAGCAAAAGCC